AUGAAUAAAUACAUUAUAUUGGUGAUACUUUUUGGUUUAUGUUUUAGUUCUAGUUUAUCAAACUAAGAAAAAUUCUUUUGUAAAUAAUGUCAUAGGUUUGUGCAUACAAUUUAAAAGGUUGAACAUUUUUGGGAUAAGUCAAUUGUUUGGUUUUUGGAACUGGUGGCAGAGGGAUAUUGUGCUUAUGCAAAAAUUGAAAAACAUUCAGUUUGUAAAGGAGCAAUUCAUGAAAUGACACCUGUAAUUUUUGAAGGAAUUCAAACAAGAUAUUUAGAUGAAGAUUUCAUUUGUCCCUUAAUUAGAUGGUGUCCUAAAGUUUACGAAGAAUUAAAACUAGAAGAUUAUAUAUCUAAUAUAUUAAAAGAUAAACCAUUAAAUACCUAAUGGCCAUAAUUAGAUGGAACUGAUACUAUUGAAAUUAUUCAUGUUAGUGAUAUUCAUACAGAUUUGUUUUAUAAGGAAGGAACUUUAUCUAAGUGUGAUGAACCUUUAUGUUGUAGAGAAGAAUUUAAAGCAAAAGAUGAUUAAUCAAAAGCUGGAUAUUGGGGAAGUGCUGCAGUUUGUGAUUUACCAGAGAGAACUUUUGAAUAGUUUGUAAAUUUCUUAAAGACAGACGUUAUUAAUCCAAAUAAAAAAACUUUUUUGUUUUGGACUGGAGAUAGUGUAUAACAUGAUGUUUGGAAAUAAGGUAGAGAAUAUAAUAUAAAAAACUCAAGAAGAAUUACAGAAAUAUUUGAUAAAGCUAAUUUAGGUAUUACAUUUAUUCCUUAAAUUGGAAAUCAUGAAGCAUUUCCUGUAAAUUAAUAUGAUUAUAUGAGUGAUAAAGAUAGUAAUUUAAGAGUUGAAUUUUCAAAUAUGUGGAGAGAAUGGCUUGGAGAUGAAACUGCAGAUUUUUUCAAAGAAAAUGGAUUUUAUGCAAAAGAAUUUGAUAAUUUUAAAGUAAUUGCAUUUGAUUCUUAAAUUUGUAAUCCUGAUAAUUGGUAUCUUAUAAAAGAUCCAACUGAUCCAACAGGAUUUUUAGAAUGGGCUGAAUAAGAAUUAAAAUAAUCAGAAUAAAAAGAUUAAGCUGUUUAUUUUACUGCUCAUAUUUAUACAUCAAGUUGUCUUGUUCCUUGGGCUAGAAGAUUUAAUGCUUUAGUUGAAAGAUUUUCUUAUAUUGUUAGAGGAUAAAUAUAUGGACAUGCUCAUGGAGAAUUUUUCAAUCUUUAUAAGGAUUAAAAUGGAGAACCAAUGAAUGUUGCCUAUAUUAGUUCAUCAUUAACUACAUAUACUUAUAAAUUACCUAGUUUUAGAAAGUUUGUUGUUGAUGCAAAAACUAUGAUUCCUAUGAAUUAUUAUGAAUAUCGACUAAAUUUAGAUAAAUAUAAUGCUAUUGGAUAAGAUGCUAUUCUAAAAUGGGAUAUUGCUUUUGAUUUUCUAUCAGAAUAUGGAACCACUAAAAUGUAUCCAGCAGAUUUAUUUGCUAUUACAGAAAGACUAUUUAAAGAACCUGAAUUAGUCAAAAAAUUUGAUUUUAAUUCUAAUUCUGGUUUUGGAUUAAGUGGAGAUUCUGUAAUAUUUUCAAUUCAAAUUUUAGGCUAAAUAUUUAUAUUGUAAAUUAAAUCAUAGUAUUAAUGAUGAUUUACAUUUAUGUCUAGGAGAAAAACUUAAAAAAGAAUGGACUGAAUAUGUAACUCCUGGAUGGAGAAAAAGAAAAGUCUAUUCUACUUAGAAAAAUUAAAAAAAGAAGUCUAAAAAAUAAAAGAAUUAAAAAUAAUGA